AUGUUUGAGAACACUGCCCCUCCAGGGAGCUCCCGCUCCGACUCUGGCAUCCUGGACCAUGAAUUCGAGAAGCAGCCGGGUUCCGUGGGCAUGCGUGAACGCAUCCGCCAUUUUACCUGGGCCUGGUAUACUCUCACAAUGAGUGCUGGUGGCUUGGCCCUCCUCCUUGGGAGCCAGCCAAACACCUUCACCGGCCUGAGGGAGAUUGGACUCGCCGUGUACCUGCUCAACCUGCUCUUCUUUGCCCUGGUCUGCUCGACCAUGGCCGGCCGGUUCAUCCUGCACGGAGGGCUGGUCGACUCUCUCCGGCACGAACGCGAGGGCAUCUUCUUCCCAACCUUCUGGCUCUCGAUCGCCACCAUCAUCACAGGCCUGUACCGCUACUUCGGCGAAGACGCCGGACGCCCCUUCGUGCUCGCCCUCGAAGCCCUCUUCUGGAUCUACUGCGCUUGCACCCUCCUCGUCGCCGUCAUCCAAUACUCCUGGCUCUUCUCCGGCCCCAAAUACCGCCUCCAAACCGCCAUGCCCGGCUGGAUCCUCCCCGCCUUCCCUGUCAUGCUCUCUGGCACCAUCGCCUCCGUCAUCGCCGAGCAGCAGCCGGCCCGCGCCGCCAUCCCCAUCAUCGUCGCCGGCACCACCUUCCAGGGCCUGGGCUUCUCCAUCAGCAUGAUCAUGUACGCCCACUACGUCGGCCGCCUCAUGGAGUCCGGCCUGCCGUGCCGCGAGCACCGCCCGGGCAUGUUCAUCGCCGUCGGCCCGCCGGCUUUCACGGCGCUGGCCCUCGUCGGCAUGACCAAGGGGCUCCCGCACGACUUCCAGCUCAUCGGCGAUGACUUCGCCUUCGAGGAUGCCCGCAUCCUGCAGCUGCUGGCGAUCGCCGUCGGCGUGUUUCUCUGGGCGCUGAGUCUGUGGUUCUUUUGCAUUGCGGCCAUUGCCGUCGUGCGCUCCCCGCCAACGGCCUUCCACCUGAGCUGGUGGGCCAUGGUCUUCCCCAACACGGGCUUCACCCUCGCCACGAUCAACCUGGGUACGGCCCUCAAGAGCGAGGGUAUCCAGGGUGUGGGGACGGCCAUGUCGAUUGGAAUUGUGUCUAUUUUCUUGUUUGUGUUUAUCAGCCAUGUGCGGGCUGUCAUCAGGAAAGACAUUAUGUAUCCUGGGAAAGACGAGGAUGUGGUGGAGUAA